AGUAUAUAAUCAUCUCAAGCGUUUCUCAAUUGUUAUUCACAUGAAUAAAAGAAAUGGUUGGAGAAAAGAAUCGUAGUCAACACAAAAUCGAUCCUUCUGAUGCUCAGGAGAAAGAUAUUUUGGAUCAUUAUGAGCUGAAUAGGGGAAAAUUUAAUGAUGUCCGGGACACAAUGCAGAAAAAGACGUUUACAAAAUGGGUUAACAAACACUUGACCAAGACGGAUCACACAAUCGUCGAUUUGUUUGUCGAUUUACGGGACGGGUUUGCACUGAUCGCGUUGUUGGAAGCUCUUACUGGCGAACGAAUUCAAAGAGAGAACGGCUACACGCGAUUCCAUCGGAUUCAGAAUGUACAGUACUGUCUAGACUUUUUGAAGAUGAAAAAUAUCAAACUAGUGAACAUUAGGCCGGAGGACAUUGUGGAGGGAAAUGGAAAACUGACACUCGGACUCAUUUGGACAAUUAUUCUCAACUUCCAGGUUUCAGUGAUUCGUCAACGUCUUCUUUUGGAAUCUUCACAACAUGAACAAACGAAUGAAAAACACACAACCAACUCACAGGACUCCAUUCAUAGAAGUGAAACGACAUCGGCGCGCGAUGCAUUGCUUCAAUGGGCCAAACGGACGACUGCUGAAUAUCCACGUGGGAAUGUGAUUAACUUCUCGAAUUCAUGGCGUGAUGGACUCGCCUUCAAUGCAAUUAUUCAUCGUUAUAGAAGCAGUGCUAUCGAUUGGAAUAAGAUCAAUUCGGAUUCAGUUUCCAACACGGAACGAUUGAACAUUGCUUUCGCAGCAGCGGACCGCGAAUUCGGAGUCGAACGUCUUCUUGAUGCUGAAGAUGUCGACACAAACAAUCCGGAUGAGAAAUCGAUCAUCACAUACGUUUCAUCGCUUUACAAUGCUCUUCCACAGGAGCCAGAGAUGAGCAAAUUCGCCGCCAGUGGUGGAAAGCGCCUCGAAGAAGAGAUUGGCAAGCUUCAAGCGGAUGCUGAUCACAUUUUCGAAGCUCUCGCAGUAAUAUCCAAGGAUGAAGCUCUCCAAGAAAGCCCGUCAUUGCUUCUGGUUUCAAAACAAGUUUCCAAAAAGAUUGAACAAUUGAAAGUAUUGUUGAAGCUAGUUGAAGAAAAAAAGGAUACAUUUAUUUCGAAGUGUAAGCUCGUGAUGAGGACGGCUGGGCCUGAAUCUGAUGCGAAAGAACUGGAUUCUUUGAUGAAACAUGUUGAAGACGCGUAUUCAGAUGUUUUCGAAUUGAUUUCUGAUAAAGAAGGACUAAUUGAUCGAUGCAAUGCUUCUAAUAUAAAUUCGGACUCAGUUCCCAACACUGAAAGCCUGAACCUCGCUUUCGCCGCAGCGGACCCCGAAUUUGGAGCCGGACGUCUUCUUGACGCCGAAGAUGUCGACACAAACAACAAUCCGGAUGAAAAGCCGGUCAUCACAUAUGUUUCGUCGCUUAAGAAUGCUCCACAGGACCCAGAGAUGAGCAGAUUGGCCGCCAGUGGUGGAAAAGGCUUCGAAGAAGAGAUUGGCAAGCUUCAAGCAGAUGCUGAUCACAUUUUCGAGGCUCUCGCAGUAAUGUCUAAAGAUGAAGCUCUCCAAGAAAGCCCGUCAUUGCUUCUGUAUUCCAAACAAAUUCGAUUCAACAAAAUUCAAAAAUUGAAAGAGUUGUUAAAGCCAGUUGAAGAAAAAAAGGAUACAUUUAUUUCGGAGUGCAAGCUCGUGAUGAAGACGGCUGGACCUGAAGCAGAUACGAAAGAACUGGAUUCUUUGUUGAAACAAGUCGAAGACGCGUAUUCAGAUGUUUUCGAAUUGAUUUCUGAUAAAGAAGGACUAAUUGAUCGAUGCAAUGCUUCUAAUAUUAAUUCGGAUUCAGUUUCCAACACGGAACGAUUGAACAUCGCAUUAGCCGCAGCGGACGCCGAAUUUGGAGCCGGACGUCUUCUUGAUGCUGAAGAUGUCGACACAAACAAUAAUCCGGAUGAGAAGUCAAUCAUCACAUACGUUUCGUCGCUCAAUAAUGCUUUUCCACUGGAGCCAGAGAUGAGCAAAUAUGUCGCCAGUGGUGGUAAGCGUCUCGAAGAAGAGAUUGGCAAGCUUCAAGCGGAUGCUGAUCACAUUUUCAAGGCUCUCGAAGAAAUAUCCAAGGAUGAAGCUCUCCAAGAAAGCCCGUCAUUGCUUCUGGAUUCAAAACAAGUUUCCAAAAAGAUUGAACAAUUGAAAGUAUUGUUGAAGCCAGUUGAAGAAAAGAAGGAUACAUUUAUUUCGGAGAGUAAGCUCGUGAUGAAGACGGUUGGGCCUGAAUCUGAUGCGAAAGAACUGGAUUCUUUGAUGAAACAUGUUGAAGACGCGUAUUCAGAUGUUGUUGAAUUGAUUUCUGAUAAAGAAGGACUAAUUGAUCGAUGCAAUGCUUCUAAUAGAAUCGCGCAUCCACAAACAGAGACUGAGAAGAUAACGAACGAGAUCGAGCUGCUAAAAGAGACGUGCAGCUGCUGUACUCCAUAUCAAAUUGAGAAGAUUUCCGAGAAUUAUUAUAGGUUUGGAGAUACCCAUAUCAAGAGAAUGGUUCGUAUCCUUCGAUCAACUGUGAUGGUUCGUGUUGGCGGUGGAUGGGAGCCACUUGAAGAGUCACUUCAAAAACAUGAUCCAUGCCGUACAAAAGGACGUCUCAAUAUCAAUAUGUUCCCAGAAGCUCGUCCAAUUCAUGCUCUUGACUUGAUGCAAUCGUUCACUAAGAAUCGGCAUGCCAAACAGAUGCCCAUUGCCGGAACGCCUGGACCAAUUAUGAAGAUUCGCGAAAAAACUGAGAGAAGUGUUCCCAUGAGCGGAGGACUCGGAGGAACCGCUGGUUACACAGUUACAACUGAAUCGCCUAGAAAAACGCCUCAGCGCCCGUUUCGAAUUCCACGUACUCCAUCGGACAAGACCCCUGGACGCCAAAGCCGUGUUGGAUGUGUCUCCAAUUUGAAAAACUCGAUCGUCGAACCGUCGUCACCUUCCCAAUCCGAAUCGCGAGCCUCACCUGAAGUCGCAGACCGUCAGAAGAGGAUUUCAUUGUCGUUGAAAGAAAAAGGAAAAAGAUAUUCUCCACAAGUGGGGCCGUCUUCUUCGACUCCGAAAUGAUGAAAUCCAUACGACAAAAUUGUAUUUUUUAUUGUUAUUUUUCUUUUGAAUUGUUGUUUGUUUUCUUUUCAUCUAGUGUUCCCAUUUUCAAUAUAUUUUCUCCUAAAAGUCAAGUUUCGGGCAGUCUACAGUUGUGCUCCUUUACCACAUAAUCUUGGGUUACUGUAGUUGGAAUCACUUGGCUAUUACUUCUCCUCUUCAAGUUGUUUUUUUCUAGACACCGGUACUCCCCUCUUCCGGUCUCGUUUAUGUGAAUAUCAUUCCGGAUUAUUUGUUUAUUGAUGAUGUCUUUUGUUUUAAUUUUAACAACUAAAAAUCAUAUUCCAAU